UUUAAUGAAAAAUCAAAAUACAUCUACUCAGAGUGAGGAGCAAUCAAAUGUCAAUGUUCAAUCAAAUUCUCAUGUUCAUUCCACUCAGAGUGUCAAGAACCACACAUUUGGCUCAAAAUGCAAAAUAUUAGAUUGGAUUGGAUCUGGAGAAAUUAUUGCAGAAGGUUAUUUUAUCUCAAGUGACCCAAAGGAUGAGGUUCACCAUGUUCCUCUUGGGCCUAGUGCUAUGAAAGUGGGGAUAGAUCUUGUGAGAAAGAAUGAUGCAUUUCUAAUGGUAACAACUUUACUAGGAAAAUUCAUAGAAUUUUUGUCUUCCCACACAUCAAAGUUGCAAAAGAACGAUGAAAUGAGUUCUUAUACAUCUUCUGCUUCAUACAAAGUUGGUUUAAUGUCCCUUAAACCAUUUCUUUGA